AACCCAAAUACUCGUAAUAAUAAUAAUAUUAGUUUUCUUGUGAUAUUAUAAAUCUAGGGUUUCCUUCAAUUGAAUUCACAUUCUCAUAAAUUCAUAUAUAUAUAUAAUAAUAUUACAAGAAUUGACAAUGAAGAGAGAACUUGCGUUUGCAAUUGAAGCUAGAUCUCACUUUGAUUGUUUCUCUGGUCGGACUAGAUCUUCUAGAAGUAGUAGUUCGCCCGGUAUGAUUUUUGAUCGGAAAAUCACGCGGUCAGCGGCUGAUCGGAAGUUGAUUGACGUUGAUGACGGUGUGGAUGUUGGUCGCCGUCGGAAAAAGGUGAAGACUGAGGUGAAGAAUUGUGAUUUUGUUGAGUCGCCGGCGCCGGAGGUUGAAUCGACGGUGGUGGAGACGGAAGUAGUCACGGUGGAAGUGGAAUUGGCGGCGGAGGAAGUUGCCAUGGAGGAAGUUGAAUUGGUGGCGGAAGAAGAAUGUCCGGCGGUGGAAGUGAAACCUGCGGUGGCGGAGGACGUGGUGGUAGAGGAAGUUGCGACGGAGGAAGAGGAAUUGGCGAAAGUAAAAUCUGCGGCGGAGGAAGAAGAAUUGACGGCGGAAGAAAAAUCGGUGGAGAAUGGAGGGGGAGGAAGAGUGACGGAGAAGGUGUAUGUGAAGAGAAAGAAGAGGAAAAAUAAUGAAGGAACAAGUAGUAAUACGCCGAAAAGAUUUACGCGAUCGGCAUUGAAGGAUGAGAAGGUGAAAGAAGAUGUAGGGAAAGUAGGGAGUCCAAUAAUGAAGAAGUUGGAAUUGAAAAUGUCUAAAAAGAUUGGGUUGGAAAGAAUGCCAACGAAUGCGAGGGAGCUUCUCGAGACUGGUCUGCUCGAAGGGUUUCGUGUUUUUUAUAAACUCGAUAAUGAGAGGAGUAAUCUACAAGGACUAAUUAAAGGUCUCGGCAUACUGUGUUCUUGUAAUCUGUGCAACGGAACCAAAAUUAUUUCAAUCUCUCAGUUUGAGAUGCAUGCACGCAAAUCAUACCGACAUGCUAUAAAGCACAUCUGUCUUGAGAAUGGGAAAAGCCUCCUAGAGGUGAUUGAAAUAUGUAAAUCGUCCGCUAUGGAAACAUUAGAAGUAGCUCUUCAGGCUGUAAUUAGUUCAUUGCCUGCAAAGGGACCUUCCAUAUGUACCAAUUGCAAUGGCUCCAUUGAAGCAUCUUUGACUGACAAUUUGUUAAUGUGUGAUACAUGCUUGAAUAAAAGACAAGUUCAAGUUCAAUCAAUUGUUGCAACUCCUGAAGAUGUUAGCACAUCAAGCCCAGUCUCAAACGCUAAAUCAAGUAUCAGCUUGUCGACUUAUUCGGAUAACAAGAGUCGACGAGGGAGAAAAACAAACACAUCAAGCCCGGUCCCGGACACCUUAUCAAGUAACAGCGUGUCAGUUUUGUCAGAUAACAAGAAUCGACGAGGCAGAAAAAGAAAGUCAUCAGUGCCGGUCUUGAAAUCGCCUGAAAGUGCUACGAAGUAUAAGUUGUCACAAAAUAAAAUAAAUUCGAAGGUUUUAAAAAGGGCAUUAAGAUCUGCUUCUGUACCAAGGGCCAAAGAGAGUGCUAGUAGAUGUACCUCUUCACAACAGAAGAGUCGCCCAAAGCUAACAUCAAAGAAUCAGCACUUGCACUGGGCAGUCUUUGAGAAAGGAGGUUUACCAGAUGGAACUGAACUAACUUAUGUUGCUCAAGGAAAGAAACUGUUAGAAGGUUAUAAGCUGGGUCGUGGAAUAUUCUGCUCCUGCUGCAAAACUGAGAUCAGUGCCUCGCAGUUUGAAGCGCACGCUGGUAGGGCUUCACACAAAAAACCUUAUGAAAACAUUUACACCUCAAAUGGAGUGUCUCUUCAUGAAUAUUCAGUAUCAUUAAAGAUGAAUGAAAAUCGGAAAUGUCCUGUAAGUUCAAAUGAUAACUUGUGUACGGUCUGCAUGGAUGGUGGAGAUCUCUUGCUUUGCGAUGGAUGUCCUAGAUCCUUCCAUCAAGAAUGUGUAGAUGUGUCAAGCAUCCCUCGUGGCAAAUGGUACUGUAGAUAUUGCGAACAGGCAAUGAAGUAUGUAGGAGACAGUGCUAAUGCUGUUGCAGCAGGAAGGGUCACAGGGAUUGAUUCUAUAGAGCAGAUAAUGACGCGGUGCAUCCGUAUAGUGAAAAAUGCUGAAAAUAAUGAUCUUGUGGCUUGUGUUUUAUGCAGAUGCCACGAUUUUAGCAAAACUGUCUUCAAUGACCGGACCGUUAUCGUAUGUGAUCAAUGUGAAAGGGAAUAUCAUAUUGGCUGUCUGAGAGAGCAUAAUAUGGCUGAUCUGAAGGAAUUGCCAAAAGGAAAGUGGUUCUGCUGCACAGCUUGUGAAAGGAUUCAUUCUGUUAUGAAAAACUUACUUACCCGUGAAUCCAAGAUACUCCCUGAUGAUCUAUUGGAUUUAGUGAAGGAAAAGCAAAUGAACAAUGAAGUGGAUAAUGUUGCUAAUUCUGAAAUGAGAUUCAUACUUCUUCGUGGCAAGGAUGCUUCCCGUGAGACCAGAAAGUUGCUGGCACAAACUGUUGAUAUUUUUCAUGAAGGCUUUGACCCUAUUAUCGAUGCAACAAGUGGACGAGAUUUUAUUCCAUCAAUGGUGUAUGGAAGAAAAAUUUGGAGCCAAGACUUUGCAGGGAUGCUUUGUGCAAUAUUAACAAAAGACUCAAAUGUGAUAACAGCUGGGACACUUCGUGUUUUUGGAGAAGAUAUAGCUGAACUCCCAAUAGUUGCCACAAGUAAAUGUAAUAAGGGGAAGGGAUAUUUUAAACUACUGUUCACCUGCAUUGAGAGACUACUUUCGUCUUUGAAGAUAAAGAAGAUUGUUCUCCCUGCUGCAGAGGAAGCUAAAUCCAUAUGGACCAAUAAGUUUGGUUUUGAAACAAUAGAUCAACCUCAGCUUGAUGACCUCAGGCAAACAUGCUCGACUUUGAUGACCUUUAAAGGAACAUACAUGCUACAAAAGGAAAUUCCUCAAGCUCUGAACGGUGUUCCAGGUGUAGGCGAUGAAUUUUUCCAGCCUUCAGUGGAAUAGUAGGGUGUGAAGCCAGUUUUUCUAUUUUUUCUUUUUAUUUGUUUGUUUUUUUUUUUUUUGAGCAGCUUGUUAAUGGAGUAGGUAUUUACAGAAGUUUCUUUUAACAUUAUUAUCGAUUUUUUGCUGGAAACAUUUGUAAAUGGUAAAUAUUAGCCUGGUUUUGAUGGAUGAAAUGGUUGAUUUUUUUCUC